AUGGCUGCCGAAACAGCGACGAAGCGAAUCAAGCCCGAUCCCCUCAUCAUUGGCACCCACAAUGGUCACUUCCAUGCGGAUGAAGCCCUUGCAGUCUACAUGCUGCGUCUUCUUCCCGAGUAUGCCUCUGCUGCCCUUGUACGCACUCGAGAUCCCACGCUCUUAGAGACCUGUCACACUGUCGUCGAUGUCGGUGGUGAGUAUGACGCCUCCAAGAAUCGCUAUGACCACCAUCAACGUUCCUUCGCAACUGCCUUCCCCGACCACAAGACAAAACUCUCCUCUGCUGGGCUAGUCUACAUGCAUUUUGGCAAAGCCAUUAUUGCUCAACAUAUCAAACUCCCAAUCGACCACCCCGACGUGGACCUGCUUUACCGUAAACUGUACGACGACUUCAUUGAGGCGGUCGAUGCUAAUGACAACGGAAUUUCAAAGUAUGAUGGUUCGCAGCUGGAACAGGCAGGCAUCGAGCAGAAGUUCAAGGACAGUGGAAUAACACUUGCAAGUUUGGUCAAUGACUUGAACCAUGAAGACCCUUUGACACUGGGUGCGCCCUCACGGUCUACUGAAGAUCAGCCUCAGGCUGAGGAGGACUACAGAUUCACUCAGGCUUCAACCCUCAUGGGUACCGCUUUCUUGCGCAAACUCCAUGGCGCUGCCACUGCCUGGCUUCCUGCACGGGCCAUUGUCAAAGAGGCAUUUCAGUCGCGCAGCCAAGAACAUCCUUCUGGUCAACUGAUUGUCUUGCCACGCGCCGGUAUACCUUGGAAGGAGCAUCUGUACAAUAUCGAAGAUGAAGACAAACUGCCUGCAGACCAAAAGAUUCUCUACGUGAUAUAUCCCGAAAAAGAGGAGCCCGGGUCCAAAUGGAGAAUCCAGGCUGUCAGCAAAGACUUCUCAAGCUUUGAAAAUCGAAAAAGCUUACCAGAACCGUGGCGUGGCGUGAGAGACGAGGAGCUAGAUGCUCUCCUAGGUGACGCUGUUGAAAACGGCGCAGUCUUUGUUCAUGCAAGUGGCUUCAUCGGAGGUCACAAGACCGAGGCUGGUGUCCGGGCUAUGGCUGCCUUGGCCCUAGCAGCCUGA